AACCAAAAUAAUAAUAUGGAAAAACAAAAAUACUGAGUUUUUUCUUUUCUUUUUGAAGCAGAACCACGACAGUUAUGAUGAGGAUGGUUGUGAAGACUGAAGAGGUCAUGGUGGUGAGCCACUGAGGCUGAGCUGAAAAGACAAAAAAAAUUAUCAAAAAGAGGAUAUGUAUUAGUAAUCAAUAUUAUCCAAACACAAAUUAAUUUCCUUAAAAAGGGUCUCAAUGAAAAGGGUCGGGGUUCUUCUGAGAAACCCAGAAAGAGAGAGAGAGAGAGAGGUUUUUAUAUUUUGCUAUACAUGCACAAAUCCAACCUCAAAUGUUAGAAGAACAAUCCCCAUUUGUUUCAUCAAAUUCCAGAGGUCAUAACAUAGAGGAAAUGCUUAUGGUUUGAAAGUUGCUGCAUUUUGAUAAGAGAAAAGGAAUGGCUUCUUCAAUCGGUUUUAUUAUAAUUUUUCCUAUAUAGUUUCUGUUCAGAAUGAGGCAUGUUACCACCUCAAUAUGGAGUUUCAUUGACCAUUUGUAGGCUAAUUAAUAUAUGAAUUCAAUGGCAAGAGUAAAAUGUAACUUCAGAAUUCAGAUGAUGAACUGCAAUAGUGUGUAUAUGGAUUUCAUGACAGUUCUGCUAUCUAUUUAUAUGAUAGUUCAAUCAUUGAAAAUAAGUUUCUCUUGUAUAUUUUUUAGAUUGCUCAGUGAACCUGUAUGAAGAGACUCAUAUUCAACUUCACCAGUGUACCAUCAAGUUGUUUCUAUAUUUGUUCCUUCUUAUAAGUAGGAGUCUAAAAAUCAGUUUAACAAAUUUUCUGAUGCCUGGUCCAAGAAGCAUUUGCGGUUAUUUGUUUUUAUCUUUUCUGAUUUAAAUAUCUAGAACUGAGAGUGUGUGGCUCGUUGCUAGGUCAUUGAUGCAUGAGCUUGCUAAAACAUAGUCAUGAAGGCUUCCUUUUAACAUUUAAAGAUCCUCCAUACUUGUUUUAUUAAGUCGAAAAAUUGACAGUAGUUUAGCGCAAUGCAAACUUGCAUAAAAAGGAUUCUGUCGUGAAUGCUUAUUCGAUGUGCACGUAUGUUGUCGGCUGCUCAUCUUUGGGCAACUCAACUGAAUCUCAGGUCCAGCAAUCUUCCAUAUCUGAAAGCUUAACCCUGAAGAUGGGUGUUCUGCCUCAACACUUUCAUAACAACGAGCAACUAAGUUUCCAAUUUCAGGACCAGGACUCAUCAUCAACUCAAUCAACUGGUCAAUCUUACCCUGAAGUGGCAAGUGCCAAAGACCGCAAUCUCUAUGGGCAAACUUUAACUUCGGCAUCAUCAGGAGGUAACGGAACUCAUGGGAAGCUUGUAGGAAAUCAUGCUAAAUUAGCCUAUGUAACGGGAACUCAGGACCAUGUCUUUCCUCCUUCACAAGGUUAUAGAAAACCAAUCGUUCACAUUCCACACCAUUAUGCCAACCCAUACCUUGGCAGUGUAGCGGCUACUGCUUAUGGAUCACAAGCUAUGCAGAUUCAUCAUGCUCAUAUGAUGGCUAUGCUUCCUGCUCGAGUUCCGCUGCCACUGGAUCUUAAAGAAGGUGAACCGAUUUAUGUUAAUGCAAAGCAGUAUCAUGCUAUUCUCCGGCGAAGACAAUAUCGUGCAAAGCUCGAGGCACAGAACAAACUCAUAAAAGUUCGAAAGCCGUAUAUGCAUGAGUCUCGACAUCUUCAUGCGAUAAAACGAGCUAGAGGAAGUGGUGGGCAAUUUCUCAACACAAAGAAACUCCAAUCCAAAAGCACUCCGACAAGCCACGGACCGGACAUGUCCAGGUCUCCUCAGCUGCAUUUGUCUGCAAACAUCUCUGUAACAGAUGUUCAUCAGCCAGAAAAUUUCAAAGAUUCUGGUUCAGCUAACUCUUGCUCUGAUGUCACAAGUGCCUCCAACAGUGAUGAAAUAUUUCAGCAGCCAGAUUUCAGGUUCUAUGGCUAUCCUUCCUGUCAUACUGGUGAAGCCAUGCCGGGUCAUGCUGGUCAUAUCCUGCUCUCUUCCAAUAGUCGAGCGAACUGAUUCUUGUCCACGCAGUCUGUAUUCGAUGAUGCAGCGAUGAAAAUACGGCUGCUCUGUUCCUCUGGGAAGUCAUCCUUGGCUCUGUUUAAUUAUAUUUGGACUGUCAUCACAGAUUGUUACAAAACCACCAACAAUAUUGGUCAAAAUUAUUAACUGCAUGCCUUGCCGUACAUUUGAGCUUGAA